AUGUCGAAAUUUGGCGUCCUCGUCAUGGGCCCAGCGGGCGCCGGCAAAACCACCUUCUGCACCGCCCUCAUCCAACACCUCCAAAACAACCGUCGAAGUUCUUUCUACGUCAACCUCGACCCGGCCGCUGAAACCUUCACUUUCGAACCAGACCUCGAUAUCCGUGAACUAAUCACCGUAGAAGAUGUAAUGGAAGAGCUUGGUCUGGGCCCCAAUGGCGGAUUAAUGUACUGCUUCGAAUUCCUCCUGCAGAACCUCGAUUUCUUAACGGAGGCUCUCGACCCGCUCAGCGACGAAUAUCUAAUCAUCUUCGACAUGCCCGGCCAGAUUGAGCUAUAUACACACAUCCCGCUACUUCCUUCGUUAAUACAGCAUUUGUCCCGUGCGGGGCCGCUGAAUAUUUCUCUUUGCGCUGCGUAUCUGUUAGAGAGCACAUUUGUUGUUGAUCGCGCCAAGUUCUUCGCAGGCGCAUUAAGCGCAAUGUCUGCGAUGAUCAUGUUGGAGAUGCCGCAUGUGAAUAUCUUGAGCAAGAUGGAUCAGGUUAAGGGGGUGAUUGGGAAAAGGGAGUUGAAGCGCUUCACAACUGUGGACGUGCACCUACUAGACGAAGAGAACCAAGGCGGCGGGGGACGUGUGGAUGAUGAAGGAACUGCACACGCACCGGAGGACCCCUUGUCUACAAAUGCACUGUUGAGUGGGAGUUCCUUUAAACGACUUAAUCGAGCUGUUGGUCAGCUGAUAGAUGAUUUCAGCAUGGUGUCGUUUUUAAAAUUGGAUGUUCAAGACGAGGAUAGCAUUGGUAGCGUGCUGAGCUAUAUCGAUGAUGCGAUACAGUUCCAUGAAGCGCAGGAACCGAGGGAGCCAGCUGAUGAGCAGGAGGUGGAUAUGGAGUGA